UCAUUUACUAUAUUGUAGACUCAUCUUAUUUGGGAUGUGUGAUGUUAUGGUAACAUAGCUAAUUACCACCUCACUCUCUUUUUUCAAUCAUUGGCGUGCCAUGUCACCAAAAUAACUUGGGUUAUGUGAUGUUACUAGCUGCUCCCUCCGACCCAGGGCAUAAGGCGCAAAUUUUUCAGUGCGAUUAUUUAGGUAGUGAUCGGGGUAGAGAAAAAAUCACAAUGUUUCCGUUUUUGCCCUGCAUGCACGCGCAUGAUCUCGUCCAGGAUCGCUCGGCCUCCUCGUUUCUCGCACCCGGACGGCGCCAUCGCUCUCUGGCUCCUCCCCUUGUUCUCCUCCCAGCGCAUGCGCCCUCAAUGAUGUUGCUGAUCCAUGGAAAAAAUUUGUGCCCAAUCGGAGUAAAAAGGAUCAUCAACCAUUGGGGAAGAACGCGAUGCCACAGAUCCGCCAGAAAUCUCACGGUGGAGAUCAAGUUCUGAGGGUUAGAUGCGGGAGAGGAGAGGAGACAGAGAAUUCGAGCUCGUAUAAGAGCUUCGCGCCAUGGACGCUCAGUUCUUCAUCUUCCUCCUUGUGGUCUUCCUCUCGUUCUCCCUGUGUUCUUCGCCAUGGCUGCGGUUGAUUUGAACAAUCCAAUCGACUGGGAUGAAGUGGAUGAUUUCGAUGGGGAAGCACGGGAACUUGCAUGUGAUUUCUUCUAUCAGGUGGAUAGCGAUGAAGAUGACAGUAGCGACGACGAACACCCAGGAAACAUGAUGGACGUGGAGGUGACUAGGCGAGGACGCGGUACUCUCGGCCUCACUGGUCUCCGUUCUUCCCAAAGAUGGAGCACGGGCGAGUCUAGUGGUGCCGGAGCUGGCCAUCGCCUGCAGUUUUUGGGCGAGUCGAGCACUGCCGGAGCUUCCUGUGGCCGAGACCGAGACGACGACGAAGCUGCCCGUGGCCAAGACCGAGCAACGACGAAACGUACAUUUUAUGGUAAGAUUGGUAUGUUCCCCUUUGUGACCGAGAAGUCGGUGGAACGUCGUAGUGGCAACCGCCCGAGGGGAACAAUGGAAACCAAACCAUUAAAUGUUACACGGCUUGUUAGUCAAGACUACCUUAUUCAAAUAGUUUUGCCCGCUAUCAAGGAGAAGUGGCCAUUGGAGGAUAGAUGGAGCCCAAUAUUCAUUCAACAAGACAACACGAAGACACAUGUAUUGCCAAAUGAUCCUGAAUUUUUAGAGGCGGCUGCUACAGGAGGUGGAACAUUAGCCUCAUUUGUCAACCUCCUAACUCACCAGAUACCAAUAUCCUAGAUUUGGGUUUGUUCGUUGCUCUCCAAUCAUUGUUUCAAAAAAAACCUUCAACUUCUAUUCUUGACAUUCUCAUGAAGGUACACAAUUUUAUGUUGUUUUUUACUUCAACCAUUGCAAUACUUCUUGUAAUAAUCUUGAUAUUGUAAUGAAGGUGCAACAAGCAUGGAACGGGUACCCGGCCGAGAGGAGCAACCGUGUCUUUUUGACACAUAAAACAUGCAUGGUGGAGAUCAUGAAGCUUAUGGGGGAGCGCCGAUACAAGAUACCACACAUUACGAAGGGAGUUCUACAAAGAUUAGGAAUACUACCCCGAAGUGCUACAUGUUGAUCACGCCAUUGUAAACGCGGCUAGAGAGUUCAUCAUCUAGAGAGUUUAUCAUUUAGAGUAAUGGAUUAGAGCAUGCAAAGUUUUGUUGUAA